GCGCUUCUUCUAUGCUCCAUUGAGCAUUACUGCACCCCUCGCUGUCUUUGUCUGUUCUGUUUCCACUCUCACUAUACUAUACUCGCUCCACGUUCUGCAGAUGCAACAUUGCAGAGUACCGCAAUAACACCACCUCUUUUAUACCUAUCCCACCAUGGCCCUCUCUCCAUCCACCACUACCGCUACCGCCACCACCCAGCCCGUCGAGGCAGACAAAGUUCAAGGCACCACCACCACCAACCCUUCGACCACUGUCGCCACAGUCAACAACUCCGCUGCUGCUGCUCCAAGAAAGCGAAGAAGAAGAGCUCCUGCCACGGGAGCCACCGAAGACUGCUUUGCCUGCAAGAAGCGUCAAGUCAAGUGCGAUCGCCGCCGUCCCUACUGUGGACAGUGUGUCGAGAUUGGAAAGGAAUGCUCUGGUUACCGUACCACUCUAACAUGGGGCGUGGGUGUGGCUAGCCGUGGAAAGCUUCGUGGCAUGACCCUGCCCGUUGCAAAGUCUCCUCCCUCCACUGCCACACAGGAACCCAAGACACAACGGAUGAACUCGAUUACUUCGACUAGCACCUCAUCCGUCUCCUCGGUCUCGACUUUGGCGCCCACUCUCCGAGGAGUCCUACCAGCCCCAUCUACUCGGCGCCACAGGAAUACCAGUACUUCAGCCCCACCAGCCCAAUACCCAUCCCCACCCCAUCUACGCCAAUGGGCUUCCCCAUGCAGCAACAUCGAGACCAGUUUGAAUUCCUGCACCCACAGGCUUCCAAGUUCAGGCAUCACCAGCCCCAUCGAGGUCCCCUCCAACGCCCCUCGCUCAUUCCCCACUGGGGAUGACAUGAGCUCCAGUGUAAGCUCGGAUCAAAGUCUACAAGACUAUCCCGAAGUCAGCACGGCCCCGCAAAGCAUGGGCCCUGUUAUCUUUCAAGAUGGUAUGUCUUCCUAUGGCUCUGGCCCCCUGUCUCAAGACGUGCUGUCGCUCACCACUUCUAUUCCUCAGAGUCUUACCAUCGCUUCGCCUCUUUCCCCGCGGAUGCUAUUCCUCCUGGACUACUACGACAGAUUUAUAUGCCCGGUGUUGGUGGCUUUUGACAGCCCACAGAACCCCUACCGGAUGCACAUACUACACUUGGCCAUGCAGAACGAGGAGCUGCAGAAUGCCAUUGGCGCUUUGGCCACGAACAACAUGCGCAUGCGCGGGGGCAUUGAGGGACGCCGCGUUAGCGUGCUCCACGACACACGACUGAUACCAGAUCACGCCUACUCACAAAUGACGGCCAAGGAGUUGCGCGAGAUGCAUGGCGAAGCGACCGACGAAGAGAAGCACUACAAGGCCAACUCUAUUACUCUGCUCAACAAGAAGCUGAUCGACUUUGAUGGAUCGCAGGACGAUUCUGUACUCGCCACGCUGCUGAUUCUCUGCCUCUUUCAUGUUUGCGACUCUGGCUUCACAAAGUUCAAAACACAGCUUGCAGGCGUGCAGAAGCUUCUGAGCUUGCGCGACCGGAGCAUCCAGUCGGAGUUUGUCGGAUGGAUUGAGACCUUCUUCACUUGGUUCGAUGUCAUGACGGCAGCGGUGAACGACCGGGAGAUUGAAGUGCGUGGUGACUCGCUUGACAUGAUGAAUCUGAGCGCCAAUCUGGGUGCGCUAGAACACCACUCUGGCUGCGAGGGCCGACUCUUCAAGCUCAUUGCUCGGCUUGGAAGGCUCAACCUUCUCAGCCAGAACCGGCCUGUACGCGACAACGACGACACGCCUACAUCGUCACCGCGGUCUAAGAAGGUCAAGGACUUUUAUUCCUUUAGUUUUGACAACAUGGACGGUAAUGGUUGGGGCACGCCUAUUAAUGAGCAUGUCGAUCCCUUCGCAUCGGCUCGCGACGAUGCUCGCUCUGCGUUCUGGACUGAGUGGAACGAUCUGCGGGUCCGGCUGCAAGAGUGGGAGUUUCCAUCACCUGGAGAAGUGCAUUCGAAUUCCUGCGACGCAACAUCGUCGAUGCUUGUCAUGUCUCCCGAGCAAGCUGCGUUGCUCCACAUUAGCGAGAGCUUCCGCUAUGCAGCACUGCUCUACACUGAGCGCCUUGCGCAGCCAACGCUGCCACCAUCGUCACUGAAUUUUCAGAAUUUAGUCGCGCAAGGGCUCUAUCACAUUUCGCAGAUUGGCAUGACGAGCUGCGUCAACAAGUUUCUCCUGUGGCCACUGUUUAUCGUGGGCACCGAGUGCGUUGAUCCCGAGCACCGCGCGGUUGUACGACAACGAUGCGUGGAGAUUCAACGCGAGAGCGGCUUCUUCAACAACCUCAGUGGGCUAGAGGUGCUAGAGCGGGUAUGGCGCGAGGACGACGAGUGGUCAGAUGGUGAUGUCCACGUGCCAAGGCAAAACGGGCCUUUUAGCACAGUGCAACAUCCGUUCCGAUGGAGAAGAGCCAUGGAUCGCGUGGACGGGGAGUACAUUGUGAUUUGAUUUGAUUUGGGCUGAGCUUGCUGGAUACAAGCAGUACGAAGGCUACGACGAAGAAACGGGGCAUGAGAAAAAAACAUUAUGAUUGGGGGUUUGGGCAUGCAUGGACUGGGCGGAAAAGCUAAAGGGUUUUCGGCUCUGUGAGGAGUUUUGUUUCAUUUUUCCUUUGUAUAUUGUGUGUGUGUGUAGCGAUAUUCCAAAGGGCGAUAUUUUUGCGCAGGCUCAGUUGCAAGCCGCCGUGCAUCGAGCAAAAGCUUGUAGAUGCAUACCCAGAUACGUAGUAAACGAGUUCAACAAAAUGUAUUACUAGUCAGACGCCAGGUUAGA